ACUAAACGCGCAAUUUCUCUCUAUUGAACGCCAUAAGUCAGUGACCGUUGUAAUUUUUGUGAAAGAUUUUCUUGUCUAAAUAACGAAUUAUGACAUUGCUUUCAGUACGUGUAUUUGAUCCCCUAUGGAAGUCUGAUGAUAAAAUAAUACCAAAGGAUAAAGAUUGUAUUGAGUUCUGGAAGAAGACAUUACAGUUUGGUCAAGAGUCAGAAUUGUAUGAGAUAUUCCAGCAAACAGCGCAGGAUGUUCUAUUUAGGGCGCAGAUCCAAACAGUUUCCGACAUUGAUAUUGUAGCAUUUGUCAGAUUUCUUUGUUACAUUGGGACAAUCAGUGUUGAAUUGAUUGAUGAGCCAGAACCAGAGCCAGACCCAAAUCCAAAGUCAAAGGUAGAACCAAAGGUUGUGGAAGAUGAAGAAUCACAAAUGUCUAAUGUGGAAAUGGGUACAAAUAAAAAAGAUGAAGUAACUGACAAGAAAGAGCAGAGCUAUGAAGAACCCAGUGUUGCCAGUGAUAAUGUCAGUUCCGAUGGUGAUGAAGGAACCCAACCAGAAGAAGAUGGUAUGGAACCUGAUGAAGAGGACGAAAAUGUCUCAAGCAACCAAGAUAAUGAAAAAGAAGUUAAUACGUUUCCCUGCCAGGAAUGUGAUGAGCAGUUUCCAACACCAUGGGACUACGAUAUUCAUUUCUAUACCAAGCAUGCACCACAGCCUACUCCCCUUGGUGAACCAGAAACUGCUAAACGAGGUAGACGUAAGCGAAAACUUCGUAAGAGCCCCAGAAAAACAAAAAAAGAGGGCUUAGUAGAUGAUGCUGAUACGGUCACAGACAGCAAAUCAAAGCACAUAUUUCGAUCCAAGAGGUUGUGUGCCAAGUAUGGUUCUUUUGAUGAAGUCCUCAAUAGAGAUUGUCCUGAAGAAAUACGUGACAUCAGUACGGUGUUGAAAAAGGCAAAAAAGAAAGUCAAAACAAAAGUACCACCUACUACUGCCCAGGAUUCACAAAGUGAACCUGAUGACAACCAAAAUGAUAACCAAGAGACCAAUAAUUCCCAAAAUAAUAACAAAGAGACCAAUGAUGAUACAGAAGAUAGUGCUGCUGAUGGCGGUGGAAAUACUGCUGAUGGUUGUGGAAGUACUGCUGAUGGCAGUGAAAGUGCUGCUGAUGGAGGUGGAAGUACUGCUGAUGGCAGUGGAACUGUUGAUGAGCCAGAAACUACACAACUUAUUGAAGUUGAAGUUUACGAUGACAGUGUUCCAAAGAAGAAAGGACGCCCAAGAGGUAAAAGUGGAGGCCGAAUUAACCACAGAUCAUAUCCAUGCCGAAUCUGCUCUGAACAGGUAUAUGGACAUGAUUUCAAACGUCACAUGCAGAAUGUACAUAAAUUGAAUUCAGAAGUAAAAUGCCUAACAUGCAACAGAAUCUUCUAUAGCCAAGACAUGCUUCUAGAACAUGUUGAACGUCAUCGAGCACACAACUUGAAGAAAUACACCUGCUCCAUAUGCGGCAAGAAUCUGAAAAACAUCUACACGCUUGAAUACCAUGAGAAGUCGCAUUCAAAACCUGAGCAGUGUUCACUGUGCCCAAAAUCAUUCACAACACCCGGCACUCUAAAACGCCACAUGGUCGUACACACACAAGAAACGCGUUUCAAAUGUAAGUAUUGUCCGAAAGAAUUUUACCAUUCAAACAAAUGUGUGAAACAUGAAGCGUCACAUCAGGAAAAGACAUUAAAAUGCAGCAAGUGCGACUUAGCUUUCCAUUUCAAGAGUGGUCUUCAUAUUCACAUGCAAACUCACGAUCCAAACAGGGAGCUUGUACCCUGCGACCUCUGCAACAAGUCAUUUAAAACAAAGGGAAACUUAACCAGCCACAUCCGACAAGUCCACCAGAAACAAAAAAUGCAUGCUUGUACUGUCUGCGGCGUCAAGUUCGCCAAAACGUCAACAAGAAAACGUCAUGAAGCAACGCACACCGACGUAAAACCCUAUCAGUGUGAGAUCUGUGGUAAAAAUUUCCGGGAGAAGGGUCAUUUGAAACGCCACGUCGAAUGGCACAAAGGGGAGCAAAAGAAUCAGUGUGAUGUUUGUGGCAGGUUGUUCUCUUUUAAGGAUAACAUGCUUAAACACCGACGAAUCCACACAGGUGAAACACCCUAUUCUUGUGAUCUUUGUAACCAGUCAUUCUCUUACAUUGAACAGCUGAAGAAACACAAAAAGAAGUUGCAUACAGUUGUAAUGGCCGAAGAUGUUCAGUACGAAACAACAUUAGAGAUACCCAGUACUAAACCAGAUCAGGUACCUAGCUCCAAUAUUCUUUCAGAUGCUAUCCAAGCCUGUCUGUCGUUGGAUAUUGAGUCAACCAUUGAGGUCAUGUGAUUUUACCUGCUGCUAUCCAAGCUUGUCUGUCAUUGGACAUUGAGUCAACCAUUUAGAUAAAUUGAUUUUGCUGUAAAUACUGUUUUCCUUAUUUUGGUAAACAACACAUUUUAGUUGAUCAUUUUUGUAAAUAGUUUUUAACUAUGUUGCAGAUGCAACUUCAUUAGAGUAUGUUGAGGCAAAGUGUCACAUGGGGGAGGGUUUCUAUGAUAACCUGUUCCAACUGUCGCAGGUGGGUGUUGCGUUUACCUCACAUGGAGCUAGUCACCAGCAAAAAAAUUUUUGUGUAAAGUUGAACUUGAACAAUACGAAUCCAAAAUGGCAUUGAAAAAUUGUUCGACUUUGAUAAAAUUUGACAUUGAGAUCAUUAAUUAAUGGAAAACAACAAUUUGGCAUGUAAAAUAAGAUCAAAAUGGAUGCAAGUUGUUCACUGUAAAUGACUUAAUUUUAGGCAGUGGCUAAGAGUAUUGUACUGUAUGCUAUCUUCGUUAUGAUGAGUGUGGCUAGCUGUUUGCCGACCCUAACCUUUAUUAUUACUGAGACAGCGUACUGCACCAUACCUAUUUUAAUAAUAAUGUAUAAAUGGUAACAAACUAACUACACACUUUUCUAUGUUGUACACAUUGUCAAACAAAUAUUCAGGUGUUGCAUAAAAGGUCUUGCCCCAAUUAAGACCACUUUUGGGACCAGGGUUCCCAUGGUCUUUAGCAGCUUUGGUUUCUAAUUGGAGUAAUAAAAAGAUAUUUGUUAAUCUUGGACCACAGAAAAGUGGUUUUUAAUUUGGAAGUGGUUGUUAAUUGGAGGUGGUCUUUAUUUGGAGGAGUCUUUUUACAGGGAGACAUAUGACUUUUUAAUAUUUUUUUAAUACAUUGGCUCAGAAAUUGGUUUGGUUAAUAGUUGUGAAGCAACAAUGUGUAACAGUUUAUCAUUGGUACUCUCUAAACUGAUCAAAUGUAAAUAAGUUAUUCAAGGGAAUGGUAGCUUAACAAGUAGACAGAUAUGUUGGUAUGCAAACUAAAAUUAUUUCUACAGUCUAAUGUGUUGUAAAUUAUAUGUGCAAGGUCCAGUGAAAGCAAUUAUUAAUCAAUCACAUAUGCAUCAAUAAAUAAUAUAUACAGUUUACCCUCCAAUGCCAGACAAUCUUUGGGAUUUGAACACUUGGGUGGUCUCAAAGUUUGGUCUGAACUUUGAGAGUUAUCUUAGUGUUAAUAGAUUGAAGAUUGUUCUUUUAAAAUGUGGUCUCAAAUUAAAGGAAUCUUAGAAUUAGUGGGGUUUCGAAUUAGAGGGUGCACUGUAUAUAUAUCCAUUAACACUAUAUAUAUGUGUGUGUGUGUGUGUGCAGAAAAUAGGACACCUGAACUUCUAACUAAAGAAAGUUGGCACGCACACACACACACACGUUGUCUCACAAACGCACAUGCUUAUGUACGUUCAUGCUGUCUUUUUUGUGAGAUUUGAUCAGUCCAUUGGUUGUAUUUUGUUUUCCUUUACUUGUGUUACCAUAUCUUGUGAAAAUCAGCCUUCAUAAUAACUGGUCUUUCUGUCUGUUACCCAUAUACCCGUAUACUGUUUCAAUAAAAAUUGACAAAAUA